AAUUGAAUCGAUUCUAGAAAUCAGUGACGAUACCCAGCCCUAUUCCACAGGUUUAUUUGGCAAACUGAUUUUUAUUUUACUCUCACAUAUGUAUAUACUUCUGUGACUGUACACUUUCCAGUGGGCUCCAGCCCACUGUUCUCCACUCCAAACCUCACAUACCUCUUCUGGGCCUCAGCAGCUACUGAAAUAGGGAAGGCAUGGUUAGCAUGAUGGAUCUCAGCUGUGCCAGGCAGCCUUCCACAUCACUGUCCCCUGAACCCACUGCUCUGCCCCUCCCCUGUAGCUGAGCCACAAAACACACCCUGCCACAGCAACAUGCUCAUUAUUUUGCACAGAAAUGACAAAUUACUGUAUGGAUAACACUAAUGACAAUUUUUAAAAAUUUAUUUAAUUGACUUUACUCUGUGUCAAAACAUUUCAAAUGAAAUUAAGAAUGGUGAUGUUUAUGCCCAUUUUGAACUUUAAAUAUAGUUUAAAAUUUGAAAUUGACUUAGAAUAUACAGGUUUUGACUUUGAACUUUGCCUUCAGCCACAGUGAAAACUAAAAAUGACCUUACUGCACUUCAGAUUUUACAAAUGGAUUCACAGCCAUACUUAACUAAUUUCUUGACUGAUCCUGUAUUUAAUUGUGUGUGCCGCCCAGGUGGGAACUAUCGUGGUGUAUUUGCCCUGGGUCUGGUCCAGGGUGAGUGGAAGAUGUAUGUAAAGGGCCCACUCGACAGGGAAGAAUGCAACCUAUACAACAUCAACGUCACAGCUAGUGAUGGAUUGUUUGUUUCCCAAGCAACAGUAGAAGUGACAGUGGUAGACACCAAUGACAACAGCCCAAUCUGUGACAAGGUUAUGUAUACUGCCUACAUUCCAGAGGACCUCCCAGUCACUAGUGUUUUGUUGAGGGUUGGAGCUACAGAUGCUGAUAUGGGUAUCAGUGCUUGGAUUCAGUACUCUCUACAUGGUCCUGGAUCCCAAGACUUCACUAUUGACCCAGACAGUGGUGAGAUCAAGUCAUCUGUGCCUCUGGACCGUGAGAUGACACCUAGUUAUCAACUGGUUGCCCAGGCUACUGAUGGUGGUGGGCGGUGGUGCCAUGCUGUGGUGUAUCUGACAGUAACUGAUGUGAAUGACAAUCCACCUAUUUUCACCCAGUCUCGGUACACCACCAGCGUCUAUGAAGACACAGUCACCAAAGCCCUACUUACACGUAUCCAGGCCAUAGACCCUGAUGAAGGUCCGGGGCGUAUGGUGAUCUAUUCCCUGGCUGACUCUGCAGGAGGAUUUUUCUCUAUCGACAAAUACUCAGGCAUCGUGGUCCUGGAAAGAGUUCUCGACCGUGAAAUCCAGCCAUUUUAUCAGAUAACAGUUUGUGCAUCUGAUCAAGGCUCACCACUCCCACUCUACUCACUGGUCAAUGUCACAAUUACUGUCCUGGACAUCAAUGACAAUCCACCUGUGUUUGAGCGACGUGAUCAGUUGGCAUCUGUGCCAGAAGAUGUGGGAGUAGGUACUGAAGUUCUGAGAGUUUACGCUGCCAGCAAGGACAUCGGGACUAAUGCUGAGAUUACUUACAGUAUCCGAUCAGGGAAUGAGCACGGAAAGUUCCACAUUCAUCCACUCACUGCUGAAAGCAGAUGAUGUGGACAGUCAGCUGAAUGGAGCCGUCUUCUACUCCAUUGUCAGUGGAGACAGACACAACCAGUUCCUCAUUGACCCACUCAGUGGAGUCAUCAAGGUCAACAAGCAACUGGACCGUGAGACUGUUCCCAGCUACUCACUUGCCAUAAGAGCUUUGGAUAGUGGAACCCCUGCCAUGUCCUCCACUGUGAUGGUAAACAUAGACAUUUCUGACAUCAAUGAUAAUCCACCCACCUUUUCACCGGCCAACCUCUCUGCUGUCAUACAGGAAAACAAGCCAAUUGGUACCAGUAUCCUGCAGUUGUCAGUCAUUGAUGAGGACUCCUCUCAAAAUGGCCCACCCUUCGACUUCCGUAUCUUAUUGGGAAAUGAAGGGAGGGAGUUUGUAUUGGAAAAAGAUGGGACACUAGUAGCCAAUCAAGUAUUCAGAAGGGACCUGGCAACAGAAUAUGUAAUUCAGAUACAGGUAGAGUCAAAUUGUUGUUUACACCACACAAAGUUUUUUCAGUCAUUCUUCUCUACUGUCAUACUAUUGUAAAAGAUAGUGUUUUAAGUUUUAAUCAGUGAUGGAAAUAACAACGUUACAAUUACUGUAAUUACUGAAAAACCGCGUUUUUCAGUAAUGAGUAAUCUAACUAUUACAAUUUCUAUCGUUGCAACGCCGUUACCGUUACGAAGAAGAAAAUAAGGUGCGGUCGCGUUACUAUUUUUCAGCAAACAGACGGUUGAAGCUCUGUUCAGCUUACCGCACCUUAUAUCAGUUGCACGGAAGUAGCUGUCUACGUAAGUAAUCUGUACGCUACAGAUUUAAGCAGCUGCGAGUGCUCCCGCAGAUGGCAAUCACUGUCUGCUCAACAAUCACUUUUUGGCACAACACCUGGAACUAAGGGGACAAAACAAUUGCAUGAGUGCUGCUGUUUGACCGAGGAAGAAUAAAGUAGUCAUGGUAAGCCAAUCACAUGACUACUUCAAGAUGACAAAGCAACAAGGUGAUAUAUACCAGUUUUUAAAUUGUGUUGAUAGGCCACGUAAAACCAGAGUCAUGAUAAACAAUAUAUACACAGCGUUUUUUCCUGAAUAAUUUUGUCACGUUUAACGUCUAAGGACAGCGCAAGCCCUUUGGUCUUGGUGGAAAAAUGCACCAUGCCGACCAAUCAAAAUGAUAUGCAGGGCUCACAAAAUCGCUAGCCCGACGUCCCGGGGCUAGCGAUUUUUCCAGUCGGGCUACCAAAAUCUAUCUCUGCCCUGCCCGUCGGGCUAUCAUAG